UGUAUUGCUUUAGUGCAGGAAGUACUUUUAUUUCUCACACACUGAAGAAGAGAUGAAGAUGCUGCAGUUGGUUCUGAUUCUGCUCGUGCUGUCUGGUGUUUUCACUCAGGACAGUAAAUGGGGUGUGAAAUAUCCUGAUAAACCGAUCUGUGCUGUGAGAGGAUUCAGUAUCUCCAUUAACUGUAGUUAUUCUUAUCCACAAGGUCAUCAGGUGAAACAAAAGCUUUGGUGCUCGAGUAACUUAAACACAUAUAAGUGUGAAGAUGAGUAUGUUUAUAACAGCUCAUUAAACACCGAGUCAGACUUUAAGUUCACUGGAGAUGACAAAUCAGACUGUACUUUAUUAAUCCAUAAUGUACAGUUCAAUUAUUCUAGAGUUUACAGAUUCAAAUUUAUUACUAAUGUGACUGGUGGUAAAUGGACAGGUGAACCUGGAGCGACUCUACAAGUUACAGAUUUAAAGGUGUCACUAAUCAGACUCAGUGGAAACGGAACCCUUAAACAAGGAGACUCCUUAAAUCUGACGUGUGAUGUGAACUGCACACACACUUCCUCACAGUUUGUGUGGUCUAAGAACAACCAGCGUUUAUAUACAUCAGGACCCGUUCUUCACUUUCCUGCUCUAACCCUGAGGGAUUCUGGGGAUUACACCUGCACUUGGGGAACCGGUGAGACGUCAGGAUCUGAAACCAUCAGCCUUCACGUGGAGGAUGAAAUCCUUGAAGGUUCUAAUUCAUGGAUCUUCUGGAUGGUUGUUGUGGUGACAGCUGGACUGAUUUUGGGUGUUGUGAUUUUCAGCAGGAGACACGUCCACACUGAGCCGCUGAUGGAGGACGAUUCAGACAUCUACACCACAGUACAGUACGAUACAUUCACCAUGAACUGAUCACACCUUCACACCUCACCUACUUCAGUACACACUUCUGUAUGUGAACUUCACCUGAGAGCAAAAAGCUAAAGGAUCUGAGCUCCUUAUUUCUCUAGAGAGAUUUCACAAAGUCAUAAUGAAUUAUUAAACCAACUGUGUGUGUGUGUGUGUGUGUGUGUGUUUGUUUGGGUGUGUGUGUGUG